UCUCGUCCCACGGUCAUGGUAAGUAAACUUCCCACCUGACACUGACAUCAUGUGGACAGUCACAAACAGCUACCUUUCAUACACCUACCCAACUUAUACACAACACUAUCCUUACAGUAUCUCUACAGCUGCAGGACACACAGACUGGUUCAUGGAUUGUAAACUGUCUGAUGGGACCCAAACACCUUCAGUCCCCUUUGGAUAUCAACAAAAUUCUAAUCAUAGAACCCCCUUAUAGCAGAUGAUUUGCCGUAUCUGUCUGGAUACAAAAAGGAUGUAUCUAACCCAUUUCUUCUUAACAAAUUAAAUACGCUGAGACAAAAUGAGUCCGAAGAAGGGGAUUUUAUUAUUUAGGAAAAUAAUUUCUCUUUUCUUCAUGAACCGGUGAAUAUUUGAGUGAAAAUUUCAGCCAAAACGUAAAAUGUGAGAAUGUAUCUCUGAAUGCAGUAUGUGUAUGCCUUUUUGUAUCGUUUUAUCUAUUUCUCACUUGCUCUGUAAAAUCCUUCAUUGACAGUUUGCUGCUCUGAAGUGACAGAUUUUAACCAGCAAUGCCUAUAAUCUCCGGAGGUAGCGAACAAGACUACAGCAACCUGAGCUACACCUCCAGCAGUACCCUUACCCAGAUCUUCCCAAUAACUGUCCAAUCACAGACACUAAAGGGAGUUAGGUACAAACGGGCUCAGAGGAUUUAUGACCCGAACGAGCUCUGCACGGUUGACCUGAAACGAGAGGUGAUUAUUAAUGUUGGAGGAAUGAAAUACCUUAUGCCUUGGAGUACUUUGGAUGAGUUUCCCAUGACCAGACUUGGAAAGUUAAGGUUUUGCAAUAGCUAUGAGGAGAUCAUCCAGAUCUGCGAUGACUUUGAUGAAGACACCAAUGAGUUCUUUUUCGACAGGAAUCCGUGUGCUUUUGGCAUGAUUGUCAGCUUCCUGGCUGCUGGAAAACUCAGGCUCCUGAGAGAGAUGUGUGCCUUGUCUUUCCAGGAUGAGUUGACGUACUGGGGCAUCGAGGAGUCCAAUUUGGAGAGAUGCUGCUUGAGAAGGCUCAUCCAAAAAUUGGAAGAACUGGCAGAGAUACGAAAAGAAGAGGAAACUCAGAGAAACAGGGAGACAAUAUGUGUCCUAGAGGACAAUACCAAGGUUGGCCAUUGUAUGAGCAAACUGCGGGAUAUGGUGGAGAACCCACAGUCAGGGAUUCCGGGAAAAGUAUUUGCCUGUCUCUCUAUUUUAUUUGUAGCUACUACUGCUAUAAACCUAUGUGUUAGCACCAUGCCGGACCUCCGGGCAGAAGAAGACAGGGUAAGUCUGAUGGUGAUACUUACAUAAUGGUACCAUGGCUGUUGUAGUUUAUUGGUUGGGCAUCACGAGAAACAUAGUUCUCAACAGCUAUUUGUCAAUGUUCAAGCUGUCCCUUGCCUAUAUCAGUUACAUAAUAAAUUAAAGGGUUAUAGGAUAUUUACAAAAUGGUCACUGAGGGAGAUAUAUGGCUAUUAUGUCAAAUUUACCUGGAAAAACUUUGAAUACUUCAAAGAGAAUCAAUUUGGCUAAAUACCAUGUUCCUUUUCUAACCAUUAAAAACAUCCAAUGCCUAAUUUAUAUCUUAGUUUUAACUCAGCCUGAACGUAUCCCUCUGCAAAAGAGGUUUUCAGUCUUCUGUUUAAUACCAUCCACACAGGAAGGCAAUCUAACACUCUGUAAAGCCAAUCUACUCAGCUCCUUCCAUGCAACCUUUUGUCUUAACAUAGUUUUGAGAUGGUUUUAAUAUACUUGUAAUUAACAUUAUCUGUCAAUCAAGUGCCACUUGUGUUCUUAAAAUAUUUAUUUUUUGAUUUCCCUCGUGCCAGUCUGAUCUCUUAUUGGAAUAGUAGAGUGGAGACGUCAUUUAUGAUGGAAUGAAAUUAGAGUAUCAUCUUACAAGACCACUUCGCUCUCCUUCCGAUCUCUUAUUAUACUGCCCCUAAUUUAAUUGAUACUACAGGUUCCAAUCUCUCCCUUGUAUCUGCAAACAUUUUUAUCAUACCCCCAUACAUACCAGAAAACUCUGUACAUAAACAUUAAUCUACCAUCAAUAUAGCCCGGUAUAUGAAAGAAUGAUAUCAUGAUAUGUAUUUCAGGGUGUACACCAUAUCCACUGCAUGCAUCCUGUGCAGCACAGAAAAAUAAAAGGGUUAUUUUCUAAACAGUGAAUUUGUAGUGAAAUUUAAAAAUUCAGCCUAAAACAGACAAACGUGUGAGUACAGCCAAGUUACAUACUUUUUUGUACUUUUUAAGACAGCAAAAUUUAUUGUUUUGGAAAUAAAUCAUAGAAUCUCAAAAAUGCUCUGAACAUUCUAUGAAAGGACACGUGGGACCUAUUUCAAGCCACUAAUAUGUAUAGAAGGGUUUCUACUAACUGUGUAUAACAAAUUAUAAAAUGCAGAUUAUACAGUAAAGCGCUGUGGGGUGGGGGUGAGGGGGUCACAGAAGUGAUAAACAGAGCAUUUAGACAAUCUGAAUGAUAGUCACUAGUUAGUGAAACAUUAUACAGAUCACAUUACCUUCAUAUAGACAUGUUCAUUUCUGGUCUUUGAAUGUCAAGGAGUGUUAAAAGAUUGUUACAGAAAAAUUUGUUCUGUCUCUUUUGUAAGCUCUUUAGCCCAGACUCUGAUUACCUUAACGGUGAAGGGGGAAGCGGAUCUCUUGUGAUAUUUUACAAUUAUUAUUCUGCAAAGUAGAACUGAUAUAAUCAUUUAUAUGUCAAUAAGUGUAGUUUGUUAAUGAUGGGUAAUGGGUCAUGGUGGGAUUAACCCUUGCAAUGUGGCAAUGUUUAUCCUGAGCUUCUGAAUCAAAUGAGAGGUCCUAUAAGGAAGGUCAGAGGUCACGCAUUUAGCACUCGGAUUUUCCACUGUACUCAGUCUUGGUGUGCCCUUACCAUAAUGAGCGCAUAGGAAAGCAGGUAAUAAAUAAAAUAUAAAUGAGAUCUGAGACUUGCUAGAGGGAAAACAGAUGAAGACAAAGUAACUAACUAGAGAGCAGAGAAGUUCAUUAACGAGAAGAUCUUAGGAGCGCUCCUCCAUAAUUUGUACUUUGUGAAUUAACAAUGACCCUGGAACACAUCCUGCCCCACCUGCACAUCAGUGCUCUCUGAUAGUGAAUAAAGGGGAAUAUUGCACCCCUUCACAGAUGUGUUUGUACUAAAGAGCGAACAAUACAAAUUGUGUGUGGGUGUGGGAUGGCUACGGAUUAAGCAGUUCUUAAUGAAGAGGUAUUUGUUGUAUAAUGUCGCUUGAUAGAUCUAGUACUGCUCUGUAUAAACGUCUAGCCAGUGUUAUCAUGGACCCAGAUAUCAGGUAGCAUUCUAUACAUUAAACUACUUAAUCUACAUCAUAAACAUAUUUAUUUUAUUUUAAAAGUUAUUUCUUUAAUAGAACACUCCAGGCACUAUAAAGUACCAGGAGUGUCUUGGCACCUCUCUGAAAAAGUGGUCAAACUGUUUGCAAGCCACCUGACAAUCUGGAGUGGUGCUCCCUGGAGGAGAUUCUGGCUGUCCUGAAGGUUGUGUCCAGUGACCGACAGACCAGGUAAGUUGUCAAAACAUUCGCAAACUGUUUGACUACUUAGCCUGGGAGGGGGUUUCUACCACCAACAACAUUAGGGUGCGCUGUAGUGCUUAUGGUGCUUGGCAUGUUGCCUAAACCAACAUUUGGAGUGACCUGCUGUGUUCUCACUGUCAAAGUCCGUUAGUGUAAAAGAUAUUUGGGUUUUUAAUGCCCUUCAGUCUUGCUGUUGUCAGUGAGCAAGGAUCAGUGUCCUCCUCUAAGCAGUGCUGUAUUUACAGUGAGGCUAACAAGGCAUUUGCCGUGGGUGGCACUUUUAGGGGGGAGGCAAAAAAAGUUGCCCCCUAAGCACCCAGGCAGAUGCUUUGUUAGCCUUGAUUCACAGGGGCCCAAGAGAUUGACGGCUGGCCAGCCUAGGGCCGCACCAAGGCGGGCAGUGAGGGAGCAUUGCCCUCUGAGCUCUUCCUGUUCAGCUCCCACGUGAGCGCCCAGUAGUAAUGCCAAAGACGGAAUAUGAUGUCACUCCGGCUCCCAGCAUCACUAAGUGGCACAGAAGAGAUCUGAGCAGGAUCAUUACAGCUCCCUCACCGUCUCCAUUUGCCGCCUGUCCAGCCACCCAGCAGCACAGGAGCCAGCCCAGCCAACAGCAACAGAUCACGCCCAACAGCCCCACUGGACCCCAAGGAAAGACUUCAUUCCAGCACUCUCAAAAGAGGCUGGUGGAUUUAAAUUAAAAUAAAAAAAUAACAGUGCAUCUAAUGUGUAUGUAAGCCUGGAGUGUCCCUUUAAUAAUAUAAACCCACCCAGUAUAACUGUAACCUAACCUACACAGUGCAUCUAACGUGUGUGGGAGCCUGGAGUGUCCCUUUAAUAAUAUAAACCCACCCAGUAUAACUAACUGUAACCUAACCUACACAGUGCAUCUAACGUGUGUGGGAGCCUGGAGUGUCCCUUUAAUAAUAUAAACCCACCCAGUAUAACUAACUGUAACCUAACCUACACAGUGCACCUAACGUGUGUGGGAGCCUGGAGUGUCCCUUUAAUAAUAUAAACCCACCCAGUAUAACUAACUGUAACCUAACCUACACAGUGCACCUAACGUGUGUGGGAGCCUGGAGUGUCCCUUUAAUAAUAUAAACCCACCCAGUAUAACUAACUGUAACCUAACCUACACAGUGCAUCUAACGUGUGUGGGAGCCUGGAGUGUCCCUUUAAUAAUAUAAACCCACCCAGUAUAACUAACUGUAACCUAACCUACACAGUGCAUCUAACGUGUGUGGGAGCCUGGAGUGUCCCUUUAAUAAUAUAAACCCACCCUGUAUAACUAACUGUAACCUAACCUACACAGUGCAUCUAACGUGUGUGGGAGCCUGGAGUGUCCCUUUAAUAAUAUAAACCCACCCAAUAUAACUGACUGUAACCUAGCCUACACAGUGCAUCUAACGUGUGUGGGAGCCUGGAGUGUCCCUUUAAUAAUAUAAAUCCACCCAGUAUAACUAACUGUAUCCUAACCUACACAGUGCAUCUAACGUGUGUGGGAGCCUGGAGUAUCCCUUUAAUAAUAUAAACCCACCCAGUAUAACUAACUGUAACCUAUCCUACACAGUGCACCUAACGUAUGUGUGAGCCUGGAGUGUCCCUUUAAUAAUAUAAACCCACCCAGUAUAACUAACUGUAACCUAACCUACACAGUGCAUCUAACGUGUGUGGGAGCCUGGAGUGUCCCUUUAAUAAUAUAAACGCACCCAGUAUAACUAACUGUAACCUAACCUAUACAGUGCAUCUAAUGUGUGUGGGAGCCUGGAGUGUCCCUUUAAUAAUAUAAACGCACCCAGUAUAACUGUAACCUAACCUACACAGUGCAUCUAACGUGUGUGGGAGCCCGUAGUGUCCCUUUAUUAAUGUAAACCAACCCAGUAUAACUAAUUGUAACCUAAUCUACACAGUGCACCUAACGUGUGGGAGCCUGGAGUGUCCCUUUAAUAAUAUAAACCCACCCAGUAUAACUGUAACCUAACCUACACAGUGCAUCUAACCUGUGUGUGUGCAUCUAAUGAGCCUUUAGCUAACUGUAACCUAACCUACACAGUGUCCUGGAGUGUCCCUUUAAUAAUAUAAACCCACCCAGUAUAACUAACUGUAACCUAACCUACACAGUGCAUCUAGCGUGUGUGGGAGCCUGGAGUGUCCCUUUAAUAAUAUAACCCACCCAGUAUAACUAACUGUAACCUAACCUACACAGUGCAUCUAACGUGUGUGGGAGCCUGGAGUGUCCCUUUAAUAAUAUAAACCCACCCAGUAUAACUAACUGUAACCUAACCUACACAGUGCAUCUAACGUGUGUGGGAGCCUGGAGUGUCCCUUUAAUAAUAUAAACCCACCCAGUAUAACUAACUGUAACCUAACCUACACAGUGCAUCUAACGUGUGUGGGAGCCUGGAGUGUCCCUUUAAUAAUAUAAACCCACCCAGUAUAACUGACUGUAACCUAGCCUACACAGUGCAUCUAACGUGUGUGGGAGCCUGGAGUGUCCCUUUAAUAAUAUAAAUCCACCCAGUAUAACUAACUGUAUCCUAACCUACACAGUGCAUCUAACGUGUGUGGGAGCCUGGAGUAUCCCUUUAAUAAUAUAAACCCACCCAGUAUAACUAACUGUAACCUAUCCUACACAGUGCACCUAACGUAUGUGUGAGCCUGGAGUGUCCCUUUAAUAAUAUAAACCCACCCAGUAUAACUAACUGUAACCUAACCUACACAGUGCAUCUAACGUGUGUGGGAGCCUGGAGUGUCCCUUUAAUAAUAUAAACGCACCCAGUAUAACUAACUGUAACCUAACCUAUACAGUGCAUCUAAUGUGUGUGGGAGCCUGGAGUGUCCCUUUAAUAAUAUAAACGCACCCAGUAUAACUGUAACCUAACCUACACAGUGCAUCUAACGUGUGUGGGAGCCCGUAGUGUCCCUUUAUUAAUGUAAACCAACCCAGUAUAACUAAUUGUAACCUAAUCUACACAGUGCACCUAACGUGUGGGAGCCUGGAGUGUCCCUUUAAUAAUAUAAACCCACCCAGUAUAACUGUAACCUAACCUACACAGUGCAUCUAACAUGUGUGGGUGCCUGGAGUGUCCCUUUAAUAAUAUAAACCCACCCAGUAUAACUAACUGUAACCUAACCUACACAGUGCAUCUAACGUGUGUGGGAGCCUGGAGUGUCCCUUUAAUAAUAUAAACCCACCCAGUAUAACUAACUGUAACCUAACCUACACAGUGCAUCUAACGUGUGUGGGAGCCUGGAGUGUCCUAACUUUAAUAAUAAUAAACCCACCCAGUAUAACUAACUGUAACCUAAUCUACACAGUGCAUCUAACGUGUGUGGGAGCCUGGAGUGUCCCUUUAAUAAUAUAAACCCACCCAGUAUAACUAACUGUAACCUAACCUACACAGUGCAUCUAACGUGUGUGGGAGCCUGGAGUGUCCCUUUAAUAAUAUAAACCCACCCAGUAUAUAACUGUGUAACCUAACCUACACAGCGCAUCUAACAUGUGUGGGAGCCUGGAGUGUCCCUUUAAUAAUAUAAACUCACCCAGUAUAACUAACUGUAACCUAACCUACACAGUGCAUCUAACGUGUGUGGGAGCCUGGAGUGUCCCUUUAAUAAUAAUAUAAACCCACCCAGUAUAACUAACUGUAACCUAACCUACACAGUGCACCUAACGUGUGUGGGAGCCUGGAGUGUCCCUUUAAUAAUAUAAACCCACCCAGUAUAACUAACUGUAACCUAACCUAAACAGUGCACCUAACAUGUGUGGGAGCCUGGAGUGUCCCUUUAAUAAUAUAAACCCACCCAGUAUAACUAACUGUAACCUAACCUACACAGUGCACCUAACGUGUGUGGGAGCCUGGAGUGUCCCUUUAAUAAUAUAAACCCACCCAGUAUAACUAACUGUAACCUAACCUACACAGUGCAUCUAAUGGGUGUCGGAGCUUGAUGUGUCCCUUUUAAGGCUACACUUGAUGUUUCCAUCCAUUUGGUGCACUGUGAUGUUUCAGUCAGGUAAUUUGAAGUAAGGUUACAGUUAGUUAUAGGAUCAGAUGUUAUGGUGAAAUAAUCAAUAUCGUUUUUAAUUUAAAAAGAAAAUGAUAUGUUCCACAGGGCAAGAAUGCAACUGUCAGUGAAGGAAAGCAUUUAAAUCAUAAUAUGGCAGAAAAUUAGCAAAGAACAGAUUUCUGAUUCACUUCCAAAGUUUAGUUUUCUUCCAGCACGUGGAAAUUAUUUACAGCAGAAGAAUAGAAUAUAACUUUUAUCUUCUAUGUGAAAUUGGAAAUUAAAAAUGCAUUUAUCUCUAGCCUGAUACUGAGUGCUUCCAUCUUGGCCCUUCGUCAACCUAGUGUCCUGAAAAUACCUUGUUAGGAACUAUAGGUUCCCUUUGGCACCCCCCCUUUGGUAUCAAAAAAAUGAAAGUUUAAAAGUGUGCCUGCUGAUAUCUUCCGCCAUCUCCUCAAUUCCAAUGCUUCUCAUAAAGAAGCACUGGAUUGGAACUAGGCAUGUACGGUCAAGCGCUGCGCUCCUCCAAUAAAAGGACAGGAUCGCAGCGGGGUUAAAAGGACAGGAUCGCGGCGGGGUUAAAAGGACAGGAUCGCGGCGGGGUUAAAAUGACAGGAUCGCGGCGGGGUUAAAAUGGCAGGAUCACAGCGGGGUUAAAAUGGCAGGAUCACAGCGGGGUUAAAAUGACAGGAUCACAGCGGGGUUAAAAGGACGCGAUCGCAUGGGGUUAAAAUGGCAGGAUCACAGCGGCGUUAAAAUGGCAGGAUUACAGCAGCGUUAAAAUGUCAGGGUCACAGCACCUGCUCAUUGAUAGGAAGUGGUCUGGGUUACUUGAGUGGUCUUAUUAAAUAACUUAUUGGUGAUUUUCAGUGUCGUUCUAAUUUAAGAAAAGUGAUAGUUCCAAUUCCGCUAUUUUCCCCCUAAAUCUUGACAUUCAGAAUAUAUAGAAAAAUUAUAUUAAAACCAUAUGGAGCAUAUGGGAGUCAAAAGAAUAAAGUAUAAACAGCAAUGUAGGAAAUCACAAGCCUGAAGUGUCACUAAUGGGUCUCUUUACUAAACGCAGAAUUUUGUCUGGAUGGAAAGGGCAAUUCUAAGAUGUAUUAAAGCCAAAUCCAUUUGGAAUUCAUCCAGAUGCAUUUGAUGCCUCGUUUAACAAUGAUGCUGGCCCUGGGGAUGGGGACACUAAGUUACCUGGGUGAAGGGACCUGGUCACAGGUCCUCCCAUUGCCCCCACAGGCAUCGGGUGGGGGCUUAACUUAUACAUUUUUCUUUUUUCAAUUCUCUACAAUGCACAGUUUGGUGAAGACACAUGAUAAACACUGCCAGAUCACUUACUGAUGGCUUCCAAUAAAUAUCUAUAAAUUACUGCAGCAUAGUACCUGGAAUUACUUUUUAAACUUUUCAUUGGGAAAUCAUUUUAGUGACAGUGCCACUUGAUCUAGAGGUAGCAAACCCAGUGAUGAAGUUGCAGUCCACCGAUUCAUACCGAUUGUGUCCCACCCACCCCAAUGUGGUUCAACCUGCGAGAAAGCCGUCACGUCAUUAUCCAUGAAGAUCUAUUACCAUGGUCACUAAAAGCAAUUCUAACCAUAAUAAUGUGAUCAAUCUUUAUAAUGAAGUGCAUUUAAGGGAUACUUUAUUACCAAGAUAUAUCACUUAGAUUCUACACAGGAGUGCUGUAUGCAAUCUACCCAGCUGCAUAUUGGCAGUCCUUUCUUAAUGAGUGUAAUAUAGCUCACUAUAUUGCUGUGGUGUUACCUUGUGAAAGGUCAUUGUUCCAGUUUCAUUGCAGUAACCAUUGUGUAGCCUUGGGAGAUCAACCUCGGCUCUCCAGCCAUCACUGGACCUCCAUCUAUUAAUUCAUGGCCAGAAGAGAAUAAAGGGUAAAUAUUAUGAACCCAGUAUCAGAUAGAAAGUUAAGGACUGGACACAAAUAGACUAGACCAGGGGUAGCCAUUAAGUAGAUCAGCUGAAAUUGACCUACAACAUAUCUGACACUCCCUCACCUUUAUGUAAGGGAGUCCUUGAUCUACCACCACCAGGGGAAUCUCCUUGAUAUGUCUGCUAAUUCCUACAACUUGCAGGUGUAUUUCGUUGUAUUUAUGGGUUAUCUGCUAAACGAUGUGAUGCUAUCUUCUUUUUUUUCUUUUAAUUUAGAGGCAUAUUCCUAUAUUUAUGUUGUAUAUAUGUUGUUGUGUUAGAGUCCUUACAGGAGGGUCUCAGGGAAGGCUGCCAUAUCUAUCUCCAGCUAUAAAACCAAAGUUUUGAUAUUAAAACAAUUGACUUACUUACAAGUGCUGAUGGAAUUAAAUAUAUACGCAUAGGGAUACAAGUGUGUGGUCCAUAUAUAUGUAUAUAUAUUACUUGUUAAAGAUGCACCACAAUUAUGCCAAAUUAAUAAAAUAAUUCUUGGCUACACUCAAAGCAAGGGUGGGAUGCAUUGCAGCCAUCAAAACAGCAUUGUUGCCAAAACUUCAGAACCUGCUUAGAACACUACGAAUACAACUGCCAACAGAGUUUCUACAUAGCUUGCAAAAAACCCCCCAAAAAAACAGACUUUAUAUUUUGGCUACAUCAUUGCUAUCUGACGCUCUGGGUGUACCUUCGUUUAAUCAUAGAGCCUGGGAGAAACAUGGGAUCCACUACCUAUACCAAUUACAUGACAAGGGCUAAUUUAGGACACACCAAGAUAUUCUGUCCCACUUCCAAUUACAGAGUAAUAUAAUAUUCUCCUACUUACAACUCAAAUCACUCCUGCCUAGGACAAAAGCUAGUGACCAACACCAAAUGCCAGGUCUUCUCCUCUCAAGCUUUGAACAAAUAUGUGUACAAUUAAUACGAAAUUAAACUCUCCCUAUGCUUUACUCUACUGAGCAGAGACACAUCCGGGGGAGACAAGAGAUUCAAGGAAGCUUGGCAGAAGAAAUUGGAGCAGAUCAUUGACAAAGCACGUUGGGUGUAAGCAUUUACAGCUCAUAGAGGGAUAAUCUCCUGUGCAUCCCACCUAGAGCUCAAACAUAAAAUAAUGUAUAGACGGCAUAUGGUCCCAGUCAGUCUACCGCAUCUGGGGCCAGGUUACCUUAGUAAUUGCUGUCAAUCUGGGAUAGGGACAAUGCUCCACAUUUGGUGGAAGUGCCCACGCAUUCAGCAAUACUGGAAUAUAGUAAUUGAUGUUAUAACGUCAGUGAUAAAUUCUCCCUGUACUAUACUCCAGAGGUGUGCUUGCUGUUUAGGUUUUAUGAACAAACUGCCUCAAAAUCUCUGCAUGGUAGGCUUUGAGGUCCUAACUGAAGCUAACACACUAAUAGCCCAAUUAUGGAUAUCUACAUCCACUCCCUCUUAUAAGGAUCUGAUCGAUCUGGUCUCCCUAAACUGGUCUUCUGAGAAUAUGAUGGCAUAUCAAUUUGGCCCAAGAAAGAGAACUCUGGGUGCCCGGACUCUGAGGGACACAUUUGUAACUAACAGUCAGCCAGGUGGUGUUGGAGUUUGGUCUGAUAGAGGUUGUAUUAAGAGGCGUCAUAACCUAGAUGUGGACAUUACUAAGUAGCAACCUGUAUGGGUACACAUUGAAAUCUAUAGAUAAGAUGUAAUGUUAUUUACUGCUUUGUAAAGCUGUUGCUGCCUCCCCCCUCCACCUGCGCCCCUUUUGGCUUGUUGGUUAUCCCCCCUGUUCUUUUCUUAAAUCCCCCUCUUUUUUUUUUUCUCUUUCUUUCAAUAUUUACAAUGUUCAAACUCUCCAGAACUACACUAAGCUUGUAUUAAAAGGAUGUGAUGUAACUAUAACUGCAAUGUACUAAUCAAAACUAUAGCAUUUGAUGUAACUCUACCAGGACACGAUUGUUAAUGCAUAACUGACCAUGUUCCCCCCCCCCCCUUAUAUAUGCGAAGAAAAAGCAAUAAAAAUUGUCAAAUUUAAAAAAAUUAAAUAAAAGGCAUGUGGUUUCCAAAGACUAUGAUGAUUACAUGAUAACCAUAUUUUCGGCCAUGGUGCUUGAAAUGUCCCUUUAAAAGUGAAGAUGGCUAAACUGCUGGUAACUCAAGGUGCCUUUGAUCUGAUGCAGGUCAGACCCCUCUGCAGGCUCUUAAAGAUGGGCUUUUGCACUGCAAAUCUGCCCAUGUUACAAACCAUAUUGUUUCAUAAUGAUGCAACAUCCACAUGCCUGACACCUACUGAAAUAGCAAUUAUGGCACACACUCGGCAGCUCCUUAGUCGCAGGUUAUUAUAUAAAGUUCUGUUAACAGGCUCUCUAUCUCCGCCAAGUACGCUUCUAAAGAUAGAAAGGCCAUUUUGUGUAGUCUUAGAACAGAUCUGUCUCUGAUAUAAUUAUUCAUGUAUGAGGUUGUAAUGCUGCUUCCCCCAGACGUAGCCGUGUGCUAGACGUAGUGGAUGUCCUUUUUAUUUGACAUUAUUCCCUGUUUAACAGUAGCAAUGUCAGAUGCUAGCAGUAUAAAAUGAAAUCAUUUUUACUACAAUAUGGUCAGAUAAGGACAGCUUCAACAACUUAUUUUUUACAACUUGGGAAAAAUAUGUUAGGGUUUAGAACAGUGCAGUAUAUAUGUCACUGAUCACGUGAACAACAUCCUACGGGUACAGUGGCAAUUAGCAAACGGAGAAGAUCUGCAUGUUCUACAUGAGUGAAUCCGCACGUUCCCAGUGCAGGAUGUAUUUAAUCAUUUAAAGAGCUGUAAGACUGACUAGCAUGAGGGACUGCACUUGUAAAUGAAUUGUGUUUGCACUAGAUGUGCGACGGUUGUGAAUUUUAGGGGCAGACGUGGGUAAGAGCCAGUCCGAGCUCACCUUUGCUUUUAGAGGUGGAAUGCCAUGGGAAUCCACUACUGAUUGUAACUGACGAUAUGUAUCAGGUGGAAGCUGCGGUAAUCUCCUCCCUUUACCAACUUUUGCAAGCAGUUGGGGUCUCCUAGAUUGUAAGCUUGUUUGAGCAGGACUAUCUUCACCUCUUGCAUCUGUCGGCACUAUUUUGUCUCUCAAAUAUUUGCUGUAAAGUACUGCAGAAAUGGUUAGCGCAAUAAAACUGAUGAUAAUAACAAAUAAGUUGUCUAUCAUGGCAUUCAAAUUUCAAUGAAACAGUAUAAAUGAGUUUUCCAUAUAGGUUCUUCCUAUAGGAAUGAAUCUAUAAUGACAGUGCCGUUUUCACAUCCGCUGUUUGCCAAUGUUUGUGCAGAUGGGGUUUGUAAUUGCAAUCUAAGUAUGUAAGCAGACACAGAAUGUCUAGCCCUGAAGCAGGAGUCCAACCUUUGCCCCCAGCCAUAGCUAUGCAUACUUUCACAUAAUUCUUUGCCAGAGAUUAGAUGGAAGAGGAUUCUGGGCCAUGUCUGUCACCCGGUGGAUUGGAUACAUUUGCUGUAGUCCUAAUGCCAAACAUGCUGAUAACAGGAAAACAUAAAAGUAAUUGAGGGAAUAUUUUAUUAUUUUUAAAAGCAACGUAAACCAUGCAACGUUUUCCUGCAGUGGCAGAUGGAAUACUGCAAGCCUUCUUAUUCCGACCAAGCAGGUGGCAGCUAAAUUGUUACUUUUCCUCCCCCAAAAUGCAAAUGUCUCGGGAUUAUGCAUCCCAUCCCCAACGCUACAGGGACCAAAAUGCUUCUGAUUCUCCCAGGGUGAAGGUUUCAGUAUCAGCGGAGAGCAAAGGUUAUCCAGUCAGUAAAUCCAUUAAUCCAUCAAAAAUAAAUAUUUCUCAAAUUAGGAUUAUAAAAAGCGAACGUGGGCAUAUUCUAAGGCUCUCUAUUGCAGCGGAGACACACGCAGCAUCAAUACAGCUGUGGAGCCAUAGGUUCCCUGCACUGAUUAACAGCCCUGUGUUUUCAAUCUGUGUAAAACAAGUCAACCAGAAGCCUUGCAUUAGUUCCCCGUCCUCGCCUAGUGUAUUGCAUUUGGGUUACAUCAGAAAGAGCCCGCCAUAAUAAACAGCGAGGAGUGUUAUCACAGCAUGCUCACUGAAGCCUUACUAAGGACUUCCUUUAUGUUCUAUCCAUUCUGGUGACGGAUGCUCUCUUAUUCCUGCUAAGUAUAUUGCCACCCAGAGGUGUACUGUCUACAAGAUGAAAAUAGACAAGGAAUGUAUCUCAUGAUUCGCGUGGUACACCGUGCCCAGAAACAUUAAUAUUAACUAAGGAGUAAGCUGUGAUCCUCGCUACAUUCCACUAAAAACUAUGACUGGCACACAGGGAUCAGCGUAUUUUAAAGUGAACUCGUCAGAUUUCGAACGCUGCUUUUGUAAAAGUAUUCACUGAAAACGGGUUUGGUUUUAUACAAUAAUGUACAAUCGUAAAGUCAAGUUAUGGGUAACGGUCAUGUCCCAGGAGUUUUAGAUUUCACGUUUGUGAGAACAGGCAAAUAAAAUGAAAUGUAGAAACCCACACGACUGUAUUUAACUUUAUCAUGGAGCAGAAACAGAUACUAUCUGGGUUAUUUACUAAACUGAGAAUUCAGAGUAAAUGAUACAUUUAAGGCUAAAAAAGCAGAAUUGGAAAAAGUCAUAUGUUUCUAGUUCGGCUUUGGUUGAGUUUGAAAUUUGCUCUGAAUUCCCAAGACUUUCCUUAUUAGUGAAUAGCACUCUAAGCUUCUAUUUGCAAUGGAAUGUGUGCCAGGCUGUGCCAGGACUGAACUGGAUUUUGAGGUCAACUGAUAAAUCUUUAAUGAACAUUUAAAAGGAAACAGCAUCACACAAAAGCAAAAGUUAACACAGGUUAUAGGAGAUUUUCAAGGUUUUAUUCAAUGGUGGUUUUUCCAGAGAAUCAAUUUUGCUUGAUCCAGCGCCGAGGUCAAGUUGUCACCGCAGUCCGAUCCUCCUCAGGUGACAUCACUCCUUCUCACCAGAGUAGGAGGGAGGUCAGAGAAGGCAGUCUGAGGGAGGACAUGGGCAGUAAGUUUUAUUAUAUAUUUGUUUUUUUGUGGGGGGUUUUUAGGGGGAAGAGGGGUUAUCAUGCCCUCUACCAGCUGUUCGUAGAACUGCACUGCUUUGGACAGAGACAUCAGAUUUCCCAUCUGGUAUCUACUGAAGCCACGUGGGGCAACAAAAGGAAUUUCAGAUACAUAUUGUGAUUUUAAAGCACAAGCAGGUUUAUUUACUGAAAGCCGAUUGUGGCGAGUUGAACUCGGAAGUGCAGAAUUUUGCCUCAAAAUUCUCAAUUUCAGCAAUAGUCACAGCAUGGCUACUUUUGCCUGAAUGCAGUUUAGUGAAUAAACGUAUAGAAGUGAUCCUUAUUCUUCGGAGUGUCUCUGAGACAGUUGAAUGAAUAAUCUGGGACAUGUCCAACUGAUUGGACACUGGAAGAGCAUGUAAACCUCUUUAUAACUGUUCUGGUAGAAAGAAGCAAUGUACUGUGCAUGCAAGCCUGGCUGCGUUCUGUGAUGUAUUAUACGUUAAAAAAGGUCAUAGCUACAGCUUGCACCAGUGCACAAUAAACAUAUAUAGUCACCUCUGCCCAGCUGAAUAAAAAGCAAAGACGAUGAUUUAUAAACCAGAGUUUAGCUUCAUAGACGAGUCAAAAUAUACUGGACAGUGAAUGUAUCAAUGUUUUUCUAUUUUAUUAAAUUUCAUUUUUUUCAACAUUAGAUUUUUAUUUUUUCAAACAAUAAUCCCAUAAAUAUAGAGACUUUUUACAUGGGCUUCUCCAGCAGAAUGUUACGUGGCUCACCCUGAGGAAUAAGGAGAGCGUCAACCAACAAAAACAAAGAGCAAUGUAGUAAGUUGUGAGAAGCACUUGGAAUGAACAGCAUUCUAACUGAGCCCUACCUUUCAGAAACAGACUCCAUAAGGUUAAGUUAAUUCCAAUUACAUCUGCUAGUUCUCAAAUUGCUUAUUCAUAAAGACAAAACAGUCUUCUUUUACUUUAUCUCCCACUCAAAGUUUCCUGCCAUCCGCUAUUUCUAUCUGUACAAUAGAAUUCGUCUAAUUCCCCUGCAUAAUGCUGGCGAGGGAAGGGGAAAUUUAAAUGGUCCUGUCACUAAACAGAAGAAGCAUGAUGAUGGGCACAGGGUGAAUUUUAUUCUAGGUAUGUUCUCCUAUUGUAGAGAACAUAAUAUUCUGCUUAGACUUUCUUGCCCUUGCCAGGAAGCAAUUUUCAGCAUGUGUUAUAUGACUAUGUAUUUUAAAAGGCAAUUUGAAAAUACCAUUUAUAACGGAGUCCGGGGAAUAGAGUGCCAUGGGCAGUAACAAACACCCUGCUACAUUACAUCGAGUGGGCAGCUGCAAUUGAAGCCACUGAAUCAUUUGUUGCUUUCAGCUUACACAAGCUCAGUCAAUGCCAAUUUAUUUCAGAGAAAAAAUAGUUUUAAUGUCACAAAGUUAUACGUAACUUGAAUUAAAGUUUGCACUGAGCCAGUCUGAAAUAAAGAAGAUCCGUGGCAGAAUAGUUCUUGUAUGGUACUGCCAUUGUGAAUAUCGAGUGUUAAGAAAUGAAUGAAAUAGGCCUACUUGGCAGUGAGGUGGAUAAGAAACACUCAAGAACAUGGAAAGAUUUACAUGUAGAGGUUAGGCAUAAACAGAUGAUGGAACAUUAUAGACAACCUAAAUAUUCUGUAAAGUGCCUAAGCCAGGCUGAUUGCAGAUACACUGAAAAUUCAAGCUUAUAGUUCACGCCACUAGCAUUAUAUAUAAACUAUAGCUCUACGGCUAUACAGAGAACCAGAGUCUCUGUACGUAUCCCGGUACAUCCAAAUCAGUUUAUACUGACAGAUCAUAAAAACAUAUCAGCAACACUCAGCUGAAUCCAGGCAACAGCAGGGAUCGUAUUAGAUACUCUCUGACUAUUAAAAUGAAUAAUAUUAAUAGAUAGUUAACCAAGAAGACAGCAUUAGCGUUUAACUAGUUUUCAUCCUUGGACUCAAUGUUAUUAUUACCUCCCUUAAUUAAUACGACUUCCUAUUGCACAGGGAGAGUUUAUGCCAAGGGAACAAUUACAAGUCCUAUUUCCUCUGGCAUAAAUUCCAAAUAUGUCUGAUCAGUUUAGGUCUAAACAAACUGUUGACAUUUCAUUUGUUAAUUAGAAUUCUUUCUAUUACCAUAAAUGAAUGCCAUGACAACUGAAACUUCUUAAAAUGUUACUGGAAUGAUAUAAGCUCAUUAGAGGAUCUGGCAGUAACAUCUUCUCAACUACAUCCUCACCAGCUUGAAUCUUUCUUAUACUGCAUGCCAAGACAAUGGGUCAGGUUGGUGCAUUAUACAUGAUAAUGUUACUAUUAUCCACUAAAAGAGCUUUGAUCUGGAUCGGUUGAUCUCCUAAUACAAUCAGCCAGAUACCACUUAAAGGUUUACUUCCUGACAAAGAGCACUUGAGUGAUCUGAAGUGGGUAUAGUGCAUGGAGUCUGUAUGUGCAGCGUUUCACUAUGGGAUGUUGCACAUACCGAGUUUAACCCCUUUGCUGCCAGAUGUGUAACAGCACCUUCGGCAGCAUCACAUGUCAUCAGCCAGCCUUGAAGAAGACUUCUAGGGUGGCUAAUGUCAAUUCUGUGCAAAUCUAAAUACACAUAUCCUCAUUCAUUGGCUGAGAACAGUCAUCUGAAACUCUUGGACAAUUAAUGAGCGGCAGGUUCCACACCCAACAUCUGCAGGUCUGAAGAAGUCAAAUGUUAUAAAACCUGCAUCGCAGAAGGACCAGGUAAGAGGGCAAAAUGUUGUAAAACAGUUUGCCCCAUUACUGGGAUACGGCACCUGGAUACAUUUACCAUCAUAACCACCCCAACAGUUUGUAACGCUUUAAUUCAUUAUUCAGCAUCGCCACUCAACAGCGGUCUUGUCUCUAAAUUAGGAUGCUGCGUAAAUUACUAAAAUUGAAUGAAGUAUUAAAAACCACCUAUUAUAUGUAAAGCAUUGGUGUAGUCCACAAACAAUUACUGGGUGAGGGGGUUACUGUCUGAGUGAGGGGAUUACUGUCUGAGUGAGGGGGUUAUUGCAAUGGCCAAGGUUAGCAAUGAUUGCACUAGAAGAUAUCUUAUACUUAGUAAUCUAUAAAAUAGGUAGAACAAAACAAUAGAAACAAACAAUACAGUGCAAUAUGUUUUAGAAAUGAAUCUCUUUGUUUCACUUUUUUUUAGAUAUUUGGCAUUGAAUAAUGAAUAGACCAUGUUGAUACAUGCAUGUAUAUGUAUUUAAUGUGUAAUUUCAAUUAAGGGUUUGUAGCGGAGAUGCAAUAUUCCCCAGGUUAUCUCCGCUUAUAAUCCAAGUGAGGCUCAGGAACAAGUAAAUAGUAAAUCCACAGGCAAGGUUUCCAGCAGGUAAAAUAACAGCAGUAUCCCAACAGCAAUCCCAAUAACUGGACGACACACAGUUUCAGGAGCAGAACUGAAAGCUUUAAUCCACAGUGUCCUUUUAAAGCAUGCUCCCAUGCAAGGGAGGGAUUUACAGUAAUUAUUACAGUAGCCAAUCCUGUCCUGGUAACCUCCCACACAUCUCCUCCCCUCAGCCAGCAUCAUAAUCCCCUUAUCCAGUACAGUAAUUCCCCCCGUUUCUGGAUGUACCCCUAAACGUAGGGGUACCUCUUUAAAUCCUACAUCCCCGGAUAGCCCUGAUCUGGGUGAACAACAUAUCCAAAAAUCACCCAGAUCAGACCAGGGGUUCGGGAAAUGUAUGGAGGGAAUAAAAUGACCGACCGCACUAACUGAGACAGCCGAAUGUGGUUCCAUGCGAAUGGGCCCUGCGGUCGGUCCUGGAAUAAGGGAACAAACUACACGAAAGCCUCUAGCUAUAGAGGCUAGGGAGGGUUCGCCUGAAUCCCCUCGUUCGGUUCUUUCUAUCUACCGAACGAGGGGCCGUUCGGUAGUUAGGAACCGAACGGACCGGGCUUGUGGAGGUUUCAGCGGUGUUCGCCUAGUCGAGUGUCCGAUUUGAGUUCCAGACACUCGACGGCAAAACACCGCUGUUCGGGAGUUUUAAAAUGGCCGCCGCCACGUGUUCGUUUGUCGAAUGGCGGCCACCCCCGAGAACAAAGGACGGCUACUUAACUUGUCAAUUACCCGUUCGCAACAUGUUGCAACGGGUAAUUGAGGACACACUUCACACAGGGGAGGUCUGAUGGUUCGGUAGUUUCAUUUGAAUAAACUAAGGGAAUGAAACUACCGAACCAUCAGAGGAAUACAAUUCUUUUAAAAACAUAUAACAACAGCAGAUCACACGAAUGCAGUCAUUCACAAUACAUUUGCAGGACAGCCCAGUGCCAUCCGCUACAGGGUUAAACUCCUCUAGGCUUGGUUAUCUAUUGUUUGUUCCACCUAUUUUGUACUUUCACAAGGUUGCUGAAACCUUGUAAGAUGUACUGCAGCCUUUACUAUAAGUGUAGGGUGAGCACCUAUAUUUGUACCUUCUCUUCAAACUUAGCAAUGUGUACUACUGGGAUCAAUACAAAUGUUUACACAAUAUGUUUACUAUAUAAUUACAAUGACAGAGAACCAGGAGACAAGGCUUAUAGGACAUCAAAUAACAUAGGGCAAAUGCGGUAAAGGUUUUAACGAGCGUUGUGUAUCACUGUUUGCGUUAAGUUAAUUAGUGCUGUCAGUUGUGACACAGCAAUGUGCCUCAGUCUAGUGUUCUUGUCAUUAGAAAUUAAUAUGCAUGUAUCGCCUUUCUCUCUGGAGCUGUAGAUAGCGACUGUGUUCGUGAUUUCAGAUUUUUUUCUAUUCUGUUCCAUGAUGCUUGCUUAUACGCUAGACCUUAUUCCAAAGAAAUCUCGGAACAAUUUCAACUUGUUUUAUAUUAAUUUACACUAAGACUAAAACAAACAAAAACAAAAGACAAUGCACUGGGGCAGAUUAGACCAGCACGCUCAGACUAUUGUUGCCUUAAUAUUGUGUAGAAGUGUACUUUCUCUACUAUCAGAGCGGCUGCAGGGAGUUUGGGUUGUGGAUGAAAGGGAAAUAGCUAUUUUUUCUUCUUCUCUAGGUUGCCCUAAAAAUAGUUUGACAGAAAAAUGGACUUGACAUACCCUCACAGCACCAUAAGCACUAAAGAGCUGUUGUGGUUAUGGUGCCUAGAGUGCCCCUUUACAAUACAGCCAAACAUACUAUACAUCCUUGUUUGCAGGACGGGUGGGGUGUUUAACACCCUGUGUAUAUACACACAUCAUUAUUUGGUAUGAAUAUCACCUGAAUAAAAUAAAAAAAAAUUGAAAUCAUUUUGAACAAAAACCCCCCCCAAAAAACAAAUAUACUUAAACGUUUCGGCUACAUUUGACAGUUUUAGGCCAAAUAUUACAAGAUGUCAAUAUUGUUGUAAAGUUAAAAACUGUGCCUCUAAUUUCACAAUAAAACCUAUAAUAUCUUCAUGUAUGUUUGAAUAGUGUUUUUAUUUUUCUAUCUUUGAAUUUAUGUUGAGGAGACAGCUUCUAGUUAACACUUCCUGCAUCCUAGCUUGUUAUAUCUAACAGGGCGUAUUUACUACAGUGAGAACUCACAGGAAGUCAACAUGAAUUUCAAAUUUAAGGCUAAAAUAGUUGAGCUGGAAAAAGUCAGCUAUGCUUCCAGUUCAGCUACUUUGGUCUGAAAAGCAAAAUUCCAGACAAUUUUAGUAAAUAUCUCUACCAGUGAGAGGAUUUGCUAAUCAAAGGAAAACUGGGGGGGGGGGAGGGGGAGGAAAUCAGCAUCACGGUGGAACAUCAGCCAAACAUGUUACCAUUUCAUCAUUUAAUUCCAACUCACCUAAAGCGUGUUCCGAUGCUGGAGUUCAAUCUCCAUUUCAUGGGAUCAGAUAAAUAUAUGUGGCACCGACUCCACGGCUGGAUCCUGUUUGAUAAUUACAAUAAUAUUAACAAAUAAAUACAUAGGGAUUUGAUAAUAAAUUAAUUGCAGCUUAAAAUGACAAAUGCAAAGAAAUUGCCCAAAAUGUAUCUUCAGACCCACUUUUCGCAUGGUAUGCCAUCAUUUACUAAUUCAAUGCUAAAACCUGGAAGAUGUACAAGUUGUGAGCAGUUGUUUUAUCUUUAAAGCUUGCCGUUAUUUAACCCCUUAGCUGCCAGGCCAUUUCAAACAAUUCUUAUUGUUUUCCAUGAAUUUAUACAAUGAUAACAGUGCUUUUUGUUAGUUACCUUCACAAAUAAGGUUGUUGUUGUGCAAAUCAUGCACUUUAAGCAAAUAACUUUAGUUUGCACAAUUUAUAUUUGUUUGUUACGCCCUCACUAUAAGAAAUAUCUGGGCACACGUAGAUCCAAUUGCAGACGUUUAACGGAAAUGAACAGCCAACCAGUGAUGCGGUUUUGCAUUUGCUAUUCCUAUGGUCACCGACCUCCAGCUUCCUUCUUUAUAUUUUCUUUAUGUGGGCAAUUUGAGAGUGUAGUUUUACUUCUACCCGGUGCCUGGAAUCUCCAUAGGAUUUAUUUUUUUUACACGGUUUACUUCGAGUAAAGAUGGUGGUGAGGUCAUUGCCAUUUUUUGGGAUCUGGUGGAGAUGUCUUGUUUACGUGAGUACAAAGGUUACGCAUUUUCCAAUUAUAUUCAUUGUUUUAAUGUAUUUGCAAUGUUUUACUUCAUUUAUGCUGUCACUCAUUAUUGGAUUAAUUGGGUUUUUUGAGGCUUAAAAAAGGGUCCUGUUUGAGCCAAAACAUAAAGUCCUCAUUUCAAUUAAAAGUCUGCAAUUGGAUCUGUGUGUGCCCAGAUAUUUGUUAUUUUUAUUAACUAUUGGGGUCUUGUCACCCUAAUUUUGAUGAGUGCUAGUUCUGUUUAUUGAGUUACCCCCUCACCCAGACAGUAACCCCCUCACUCUGUUAUCCCCCUCACCUAGACAGUAAACCCCUCACCCAGACAGUAAACCCCUCACCCAGACAGUAAACCCCUCACCCAGACAGUAACCCCCUCACCCAGACAGUAAACCCCUCACUCUGUUAUCCUCUCACUCUAUGAGUCUGUUACCCCCUCACCCAGACAGUAACCCCCUCACCUAGACAGUAAACCCCUCACCCAGACAGUAAACCCCUCACCCAGACAGUAACCCCCUCACCCAGACAGUAACCCCCUCACCCAGACAGUAACCCCCACUCAGACAGUAACCCCCCACCUCAGACAGUAAUCCCCCUCACCCAGACAAAAACCCCUACCUCGUAUUGUAGUAAAUCUCACCUGCAGACACAAAAAUUCCCUACCCAGACAUAGUAAAUCUGCAUCAGACAGAGACAGUGGCCACCUCUCUAGAUAGUAGUAACCCUCACUCAGACAAAACCCCUCACUGCACAGUAACCCUCACCCACAGUAAUCCUCACCCAGACAGUAACCCCUCACUCAGACAUUGUGCAACCCCUCACUCAGACAGAAACCCCUCACCCAGACAGUAACCCUCACCCAGACAGUAACCCCCACCAGACAGUGUAACCCUCACCCAGACAGUAAACCCCCACCUGUGACAGGCAACCCCCACCAGACAAAAACCCCCCCUCACCCAGACAACCCCCUCACUGACAGUAACCCCCUCACUCAGAGACAGUAACCCCUCACCAGACAGUAACCCCCUCACCCAGACAGUAGGCCCUCCUGCCCAGACAGUAAUCUCCCUACCCAGACAGUAACCCUCACCAGAUAGCAACCCUCACUCAGACAGUAACCCCCCUCACUCAGACAGUAAUCCCUCCUCAGACAGUGCCCCCCACCUGCAUAAAAACCCCCAACGUGACAGUAACCCCCUCACCUUCAGACAUUGUGCACUCCUCACCCAGACAGUAACCCUCAUCCAGACAACCCCUCACCAUUGUGUGUAACCCCCUCACUCGGCUGUGCAAACCCCCUACCUGCAUGUAACCCCCUACCUGCAUAAAACCCUCACUCUGUUAUUCUCUCACUCUGUGAGCCUGUUACCCCCUCACUCAGACAGUAACCUCCUCACUCUGUUAUCCUCUCACUCUAUGAGUCUGUUACCCCCUCACCCAGACAGUAACCCCCUCACCCAGACAGUAAACCCCUCACCCAGACAGUAAACCCCUCACCCAGACAGUAAACCCCUCACCCAGAUGCCAGUAACCCCUCACCUGUGACAGUAACCCCUCACCCGUGACACAGUAACCCCCUCACCUGCAUGUAACCCUCACUCAGACAGUAACCCCUCACUGCACCCCCUCACCCGUGACAACCCUCACUACAGUAACCCUCACCUGUGACAAAUCUCCCCACCCAGACAACCCCUCACCCAGACAGUAACCCCUCACCUGUGACAUUGUGUAACCCCCUCACUCAGAUAGUGUAACCCCCACCAGACAGUAACCCCCUCACCAGAUAGGCAACCCCCCUCACCUGCACAGUAAUCCUCCCCUGCAUUGUGCAACCCCCACCUGUGACAGUAACCCCCCUAUCCAGACAGUAACCCUCACCAGACAGUAAUCUCACCCAUUGUGCAACCUCAUCAUCCAGACAGUGCACCCCCUCACCUGCAUAGUAAAACCCCUCACCCAGACAGUAACCCCCUACCCAGACAGUAACCCUCACCCAGUAGAUGGUGUGUCCCUCACUCUGUUAUUCUCUCACUCUGUGAGCCUGUUACCCCCUCACUCAGACAGUAACCUCCUCACUCUGUUAUCCUCUCACUCUAUGAGUCUGUUACCCCCCUAACCCAGACAGUAACCCCCUCACCUAGACAGUAAACCCCUCACCCAGACAGUAAACCCCUCACCCAGACAGUAAACCCCUCACCCAGACAGUAACCCCCUCACCCAGACAGUAAACCCCUCACUCUGUUAUCCUCUCACUCUAUGAGUCUGUUACCCCCUCACCCAGACAGUAACCCCCUCACUCAGACAGUAACCCCCUCACUCAGACAGUAACCCCCUCACCCAGACAGUAACCCCCUCACCCAGACAGUAACCCCCUCACCCAAACAGUACCAGACCAUUGCCAUGCUCAUCUGUUAGCCACGCCCCUUCCGGUCAGAUGACACAGACUCCGCCCAGGUCCGCCUCCAAGGAACUGACUGACUGGGAAAAGGGGCGGGGAGUGAUGCUGAUUGGCAGGGUGGCAGCAGGCAGAUGGCUGGCAGGGACAUGGUGCAGACAGAAGAUGGUUGGCAGGGACCUGGUGCAGAAGGAAGAUGGCUGGCAGGGACAUGGUGCAGACAGAAGAUGGCUGGCAGGGACAUGGUGCAGACAGAAGAUGGUUGGCAGGGACAUGGUGCAGAAGGAAGAUGGCUGGUAGGGACAUGGUGCCGACAGAAGAUGGUUGGCAGGGACAUGGUGCAGACAGAAGAUGGCUGGCAGGGACAUGGUGCAGACUGAAGAUGGCUGGCAGGAACAUGGUGCAGACUGAAGAUGGUUGGCAGGGACAUGGUGCAGACUGAAGAUGGUUGGCAGGGACAUGGUGCAGACAGAAGAUGGUUGGCAGGGACAUGGUGCAGACAGAAGAUGGCUGGCAGGGACCUGGUGCAGGCAGAAGAUGGUUGGUAGGGACAUGGUGCAGGCAGAAGAUGGUUGGCAGGGACAUGGUGCAGGCAGAAGAUGGUUGGUAGGGACAUGGUGCAGACUGAAGAUGGUUGGCAGGGACAUGGUGCAGACUGAAGAUGGUUGGCAGGGACAUGGUGCAGACAGAAGAUGGUUGGCAGGGACAUGGUGCAGACAGAAGAUGGCUGGCAGGGACCUGGUGCAGGCAGAAGAUGGUUGGUAGGGACAUGGUGCAGGCAGAAGAUGGUUGGCAGGGACAUGGUGCAGGCAGAAGAUGGUUGGUAGGGACAUGGUGCAGGCAGAAGAUGGUUGGCAGGGACAUGGUGCAGACUGAAGAUGGCUGGCAGGAACAUGGUGCAGACUGAAGAUGGUUGGCAGGGACAUGGUGCAGACUGAAGAUGGUUGGCAGGGACAUGGUGCAGACAGAAGAUGGUUGGCAGGGACAUGGUGCAGACAGAAGAUGGCUGGCAGGGACCUGGUGCAGGCAGAAGAUGGUUGGUAGGGACAUGGUGCAGGCAGAAGAUGGUUGGCAGGGACAUGGUGCAGGCAGAAGAUGGUUGGUAGGGACAUGGUGCAGGCAGAAGAUGGUUGGCAGGGACAUGGUGCAGGCAGAAGAUGGUUGGUAGGGACAUGGUGCAGGCAGAAGAUGGCUGGCAGGGACAUGGUGCAGGCAGAAGAUGGCUGGCAGGGACAUGGUGCAGACAGAAGAUGGCUGGCAGGGACAUGGUGCAGACAGAAGAUGGCUGGCAGGGACAUGGUGCAGACAGAAGAUGGCUGGCAGGGACAUGGUGCAGGCAGAAGAUGGCUGGCAGGGACAUGGUGCAGGCAGAAGAUGGCUGGCUGGGACAUGGUGCAGACAGAAGAUGGUUGGCAGGGACAUGGUGCAGACAGAAGAUGGUUGGUAGGGACAUGUUACAGACAGAAGAUGGUUGGCAGGGACAUGGUGCAGACAGAAGAUGGUGGUUGGAUGGGAGGGGCAGCAAUAGUUUGAAUGAAGUUAAACACCUGUAAAGUCAUUUAACACAAUGCACACCCUGCGAUACCACCUAACUAUCCAACACAGGGAGUGUGGCACCUGACCAAAGCAUUACUAGGGGGAGGGAGUCAGAGAUGGUACCAUGCUUUGUUUACAUGAUUAACAAACUAGGUAUUUGAUAUAAUUAUAUGUCUCUGUAUAUGGCAAUGAAUGUGUGACUGUACCACUUUAAAGGGACACUAUAGGCACACAGACCACCUAAUCUCACUGAAGUGGUCUGGGAGCUGUGUCCUUGUCACCCUUAGUCCUGCAAUGUAAAUCAUUGCCGUUUUUUGAGAAACUGCAGUGAUUACAUUGCAGGACUAACACUACAAUUCCUCUAGUGGCUUUCAAUCAGACAUCCAGCAUCCGAUAAAUCCCUAUAGAAAAACAUUGUAGCAAUGCUUUCCUACAGGGGGGGGCCUAAUGCGCUCACUGUGCAUGCGCCUAAACCCCUGUCGGAGGAGGCUUAGCAAUUUUGAGUGUCUCUUCCCCCAAGCCCCUUUUUUGCAUCUCUUCCCCAGUCCCUAUGUCUCUUUUUCCCUGCCCCCGGGCCCUUUUUGUGUCUUUUUAGUCCCCUCCUUAAAGGACCACUAUAGUGCCAGGAAAACAUACUCGUUUUCCUGGCACUAUAGUGCCCUGAGGGUACCCCCACCCUCAGGGUCCCCCUCCCGCCCGGCUCUAGAAUGGGGAAAGGGAUUAAAUCUUACCUUUUUCCAGCGCUGGGCGGGGAGCUCUCCUCCUCCGUUCCUUCUCUUCUCCUCCCAUGCGGCUAAAUGCGCACACACGGCAAGAGCUGCGCGCGCAUUCAGCCGGUCACAUAGGAAAGCAUUCAUAAUGCUUUCCUAUGGACGCUGGCGUGCUCUCACUGUGAAAAUCACAGUGAGAAGCACGCAAGCGCCUCUAGUGGCUGUCAAUGAGACAGCCACUAGAGGAAAUAGGGGAAGGCUUAACCCAUUCAUAAACAUAGCAGUUUCUCUGAAACUGCUAUGUUUAUGAAAAAAUGGGUUAACCCUAGCUGGACCUGGCACCCAGACCACUUCAUUAAGCUGAAGUGGUCUGGGUGCCUAGAGUGGUCCUUUAAUCCCUUUGUAGUCUCUUUUCCCUGCCCACACUUCCAUGUGAGGUAUAACCCCACGUGUUCUUCCAUAUCUCCAUCCUUCUAGCAUGGCAGCGUGGACCACAGUAGAGAAUCAUCUGUAAUCUCCCAGAGAAGCUUCCUGUCAGACCUGGUAGGAGAUGCAGAAGAUCCCCUACUGCAGUCCGCACUGAGAGUCAUGCGGUCAUUGCGACCCCCAGGAGCAGUGCGCUCUAAGGUAGCCACCUGUGCUGCCUUAUAGUUGCGCCAGCCCUUUUGAUGCAUCCUGUCUUAAGUUUAUGGAAGAUCAGAAUCUGUAUGGGCAUCCAACUGUAUCUGAAAAUACAGUUGGGCUCAAGCAGAGAGAUUGCAGCCCUAAUUCCAUAGCUUUUACUGGUAUUGUCAUUAAUUUGUCCCAGGAACCCUUAUAUUGUAUUUGCUUAGUAAGUUCCACUAACAUUAAAGGACAUUCCAAACACCUUAAAUCACUUUAUUUUGCUGAAGUGCUUUAUGUGUGAAGAGUGUGUCUUCUUUUUUUAUUUUACAAAAAGUGAAGAUUUCUAUAGAAAUUGUCACUUUUAUAAAUGAACCUUGUUACACCCCCCUGGCCGUCAAUCAGACAACUGGUCCUGUUACUUCCUGGUUUUGUUAGCUUAUUUGCACUGAACUCAAGAGGCAGCAAUUGCCCAGAGCACCUGCUUUGCAAAGACUUCUCAUCGGGCAGCCUGUGCUUGGACAGCCACAGGAAGUCUGGAUGGGGUUAGUAGGGGAGUGCUUGCAAAGGCUACAAACAAGAGUUUUUACAAGCUGUUUUUAGAUAUAUCCCAAAGAAGAAUUACAUAAUUAAACAAAUGCAUGUUUUAAUUGGGGGUAUAUCUACUAAAUAGUGAUUUAUAAACAGCUAUCUAUAUAUAUGUGCUUGAGUAGUGGAGUGUCCCUUUAAGCAGCAAUAGGCAAACCAUGUAAUUUUAAGGAUUGUUAGCCUAAUUUCCAUUCUACCUUUGUGGGAUGUUCCAACUUUAAUGGAGCCACAGGGUCCUAACACUUUUGAUUCUUUAAUAAGUGUUCAAUCAGAUUUCCUUUGUAUUUCAUCUUCAUGAUUUUAAUUGGUUACUCUAAGGACCAUAACCACAACAGCGUAUUGUAUGAUUUCAGUGUAUUGUAGUGGUUAUCGUGCUAGGAGUCUCUGGGUGCAGUGCCUCAAUUUCUAUGUUGUUUGACAAACCUGGUCUCCCCUUGGCACUCAAGCCCAGGUUUGCAUCUCCAUUAUCUCUGUGGGAGCAGGGAAACCAGGCUGGGGUGCCGAUACUGGAGUCACUGCACCCAAAGGUUUCUUGCACCAUAACCACUACAAUAGCAACAAUAAGGGAUCUCUGUGUUAUUAAACUAUGCAAUUUUUAGAGCUUUUAGCUUAUUUUUACAUUCAUGCUGAUUCUUAUUAUUUUUCUACUAAACCAGGGUUAUUUUAUCACAAUAAGUACAAUGAUCUACAUCCAAGGCACACUUUGCACAAUGUUGCUAAUAUUGUAAUAUUUCCUACACAACACAGACAAUUUGUGUUUUGUUGUUUUCUGUUAAAGCUUGUUUCUUUUCUUAUAGCUGUCUGUUGGGUUGGCAAAUCUAUUGUGGUUUUCUGAUGAAGGUAUCCCAUACACGUGUGACAUUGUUAUGAUAAAGUAUUUCUCACUUUGCCCUUCUUAUUCAGCACUUCCAAAAAUAGAACCUCGGAAUCAUCAUUAUUUUUCUUGUCUCCGACUCCGAGACAAGUGACAUUUUACCUAAUCUGUUCCAUAGAGGCAGCAUUCAGAUUUUACCUUUAACAGUAGCAGAUACUUGCAUUCCAUUGUCCAUGCGCACUUGAUCGGAAUGAAAGUGGCAUGUCACUUAUCUUUGAUCGAGAAUCACAGAGCUCCCUAAUGGGUCUUCUUUUUUCAUUUUUUCAUGUCCAGCAUUAGAAUAAAAAUCGAGUGGAUAUUGAGAAAAUGUAUGAGAUGGAAUGCUUCUAAAACCUCACCUGUUAAAAUAUAUAACUAAAACGGCAGAUUCAUUAGCUAUGGUUAGCUGGUUAAACCACCCCAGUUAGUGAGGGGCAGUGAUUAAUCAUUCAUUCUAUCUAUCAAGUUACAUUACCCUAUUCAGUCAGAGUUAUUAAUAGGGCAUAGUUUUAAUUAAUUGGUGGGAGCCUUCUCUACUUUGAUUUGGCCGAGAUAUUGACCCUGAUUUAGGAGAUUUGUGGUUUCAAGCUAAAUCAUUUAGAAGUUUAAUUUUGUACUUUGAAAAGAAAUACUUAAAUUUAUCUUUCCCACGUAACAGUGUAUAAACCAAUAUAAAAAAUAAAAAAUACAUUUUGGGUACCUUAUUACAAUGCACCUGGCAACUUAAUUUGGCAAUCUUUUCACUACGUGUACGGUAAGUUGUCUUAAGUUGAAAUAACCUUGUUACGAUCUCUAUACUCUACUAUGAUUUUGAUUUCAUUGUGAAACAGUGUAACUAAAACUUCAAGUUGCAUGCUACUAGCCAGACCUUAAGAUGACUUGCCUCUGCAAGCCUGGAGAGUUCAUGGCAUACUCACUAGGGGUAAGUUUCUGUUGACCAGAGCAAAAUUUUCACUCACCAAUGGCUAGUGUUGUGUGAAAAUUGUAAGCCUAAAUCUAGGUCAUUUGCUUUAAUGUAGAGGAACAGCCAUACAUCACAGACAAAAGCCUUAACAAAUGUCUGGAGUUGCGGGAUCUAUUUUGCAGAGAGAACCUGUCUGGAUUUUCACUUCUAAAUCUCUGUGAUAGGUGGGGCGCCCUCUGAAAUGGCAAACGUGAGCUGAAACAUUUUGAGACUUUAACAGGGAAUAACCAUAUGUUAAGCAAUAAGGCUUUUAUUAUUUUAACGUUCACUUGUAUUCUGUUUGGGUUUAUUUGCAGUAAUUGUAAAAAUAUUUCCAUAUAUUCUCAAAAUAUAUAUAUAUAUACAAAAUAUUCUAGAUAUUUAUUGCUUUAUCCUUAUUUGUCUCAUCAGGGCGAAUGUUCCCAGAAGUGUUACAACAUCUUCAUCAUCGAAACCGUGUGUGUAGCAUGGUUCUCCUUGGAGUUUUGUUUACGAUUUGUCCAGGCAAAAAGCAAAUGCCAGUUCUUCAGGGGACCAUUGAAUAUUAUCGAUGUGUUGGCCAUCUUGCCAUACUACGUUUCACUCGUAGUGGAGGAUGAACAAAAGACUCUUGACAAGCCUAGCAGCAACUCGUAUCUGGAGAAGGUUGGGCUGAUUCUCCGAGUUUUGCGUGCCUUGAGAAUAUUGUAUGUGAUGCGUCUUGCCAGGCACUCACUUGGUCUACAAACCUUGGGUCUCACAGUCCGAAGGUGUACAAGAGAGUUCGGGCUACUCUUACUCUUCUUGUGUGUCGCUGUCACUCUUUUUGCUCCGCUGGUCCACCUAGCAGAAAAUGAAAUGGGGAGAUGCCAAGAAUUUACUAGUGUGCCUGCUUCCUAUUGGUGGGCUAUAAUCUCUAUGACCACGGUAGGCUAUGGUGAUAUGGUUCCAAGAAGCAUUCCAGGACAAGUAGUGGCUCUCAGCAGCAUUCUUAGUGGAAUUUUAAUCAUGGCUUUUCCAGCAACCUCAAUUUUCCACACUUUCUCUCGAUGUUACUCAGAACUGAAGAGGGAGCAGGAAAGAUUACAAAGCAGACUAUUGAGGUUAAAAGAUGCAAAUCAGUCAGGUGAAAGCGAUACCUUUAAUGAUACAGACAGUUUGGUCUCAGAAGAUACAUAUAAGUAUUUUUACACCACAAAAUAAAUGCUAAUGUAACGGUAGGGCCAUUACUUGAACAAUAAUCUGCCAUUUUACAAUAAUCUGCCAUUGAAGAAUUACACAGAAAUAUUGCAUCAGCCUGUGCAUUAAACGAUUAGCUGGUCUUACGUUAUUAAACCAAAUUUUGUUUGAUCCAAACGAAAGGGUUGUUGGUCCUUGCGCACAAUUAUCAGUGAGUAUUAGCAAAAAGGGAAUAUGUACACUGUUUAAAGACUGUCAAAUAUCUA